AUGGCCGACAUAAUCAAUGUUUUCCAAGUGCACAUAGAUUUUGAUAAAAGUUCCUUUUUAAAAAUUCGCGGUUUUUUUGAGGAAUUUGCCUGUAAUGGAACUGUGAUAGAGCACCCUGAAUACGGAGAGGUUCUGCAGUUGCAAGGAGAUCAACGAGAAAACAUUUGUCAGUGGCUUACAAAAGCUGGACUAGCAAAACCAGACCAACUUAAAGAAUUUGCCUGUAAUGGAACUGUGAUAGAGCACCCUGAAUACGGAGAGGUUCUGCAGUUGCAAGGAGAUCAACGAGAAAACAUUUGUCAGUGGCUUACAAAAGCUGGACUAGCAAAACCAGACCAACUUAAACAAGUGAUUGCGCGUAGUAUAUCAGUUUCAAAGGAAAAAUCGUAUGUGAGUGGCCAAAAAGUGUCACGUGACGCGGAAUGUGGCGUGUGGCGUGUGGACACUGCUGAAAUGAUGUACGCCACAAUCCAGAGGAAAGCACGUCUGAAAUACCUUCCCGUUCUAUCAUUGCGCGCGGCGAUACUCACUCACGCGAAGCAUUCAGCUUUCGGAGAGCUGAAUCCUUGUCAGAAGUAUUCAAAACUAGUGGUUGUGUAUCUUAAUCUAAACAUUCGAGUUACUACUGCAGUACCACUUCGCAUACUGUUGGACUUUUUGGAAACAACUUGGUAG